GAUUCGCGCCGUUUUGGCAAAACAGUACGUAAGCUCGAACUAUUUCAUUGCAACUAUGUCCGCUCAGAAAGAAGCCUGGCAAACAGAACGACCGACUAUUAGAUCAAGAAGCAAAUUUAUGUUUAACAACGAGCUCCUCAGCGAUGUUAGUUUCGUCGUUCCGGUGCAACUCGAUGAAAUUAGCAGCAAGAAAUGCUGGAAGGCUAUUUCAGCACACAAGUUCGUCCUCGCGAUAAGCAGCCCUGUGUUUUUUGCCAUGUUCUAUGGUGACCUUGCCGAGAAGUCAGAUUCUAUCAGGCUUCCUGAUUGUGAGUACGAGAGUCUGUUAGAACUGUUUCGCUUUGUGUAUUGCGAUGAAGCGAGGCUUACUCCUGACAACGUCAUGCAAGUGCUGUAUUUGGCUAAGAAGUACAUCUUGCCCUCACUUGUUGAGAGAUGCACUGAAUAUCUGCUCGAAGUCCUGAAUGUUUCUAAUGUAUUUUGCGUCUUGUCUCACGCCCUAAAUUACGGAGAGAAAAAGCUUGUGAGUCACUGCUGGAAAGUUAUCGACAAGGAGGCUGAAGAAGCCGUGAAAACAGAAGGAUUUGAAACGAUAGAUAGAUCCCUGUUGGAAGACCUUGUCAAGAGAGAUUCUCUAAACAUCAAAGAGGUAGACUUAUUCAGAGCAGUCGAUACUUGGGCAGUAGAAGAAUGUAAACGUCUUGAUAUGGCAGCCAAUGGUGCAUCCAAAAGGUUGGUUCUCGGGGACAAGGUUGUGAACGCAAUACGUUUUCCAGUCAUGAAACGGAAUGAAUUCAGUAAUUCUGUUCUUGAUUGCAACAUAUUAACUUCACAUGAGGCCAUCAUCAUGGAGGAUUACUUCAACACCCCAAUUUUUAGCCCACCAAACUAUUUCUCAAAAGCUCCAAGAACUGGCCUACGCCAGAGAUGUUGUCGAUUUAAAUCUGUUGUUCUUGAAACUGGGUUAAUGUACGGUUCUUACCACAGUGACUAUCUUUAUUUUUCAGUAAACAGGGACAUUGUCUUGUAUGGAAUUUGUUUGUUUGGAAGUGAAAAUCGCAAAUACCAGGCUACAGUAACAGUUAGAAAAGCAUCUAAUGGUUUGUUUAAGGCCACUAAGAUAGGAAAAUAUUCUUCUAUACCCAUGGAAUUAGAGGAAGAAGAAGGUAGUUUUUAUGCCUUUGAUGUUCUGUUUGAUAAGCCAGUGUCUCUGAAAAAGAACACUUGGUAUUAUGUGAAAGCUGCUAUGUCUGGUCCCAUUAUUUGGCAUGGAAAGGGAGGAGUGAAGUCCAUCCAUUGUCCUGGGGUACAAUUCAGCUUUAAGGACCAUCCAAAAAAUAAUAAAAGAACCAACAUUGCAGAUGGACAGUUUCCUCAGUUCCUCUUUAGUUUGGAGUAAGUUCCACCCUCAACUUUGAAAAUUAUCUUUAAGUUUGUGUGGUUUAGCUCAACAAUAUACAAAUGUGCAACCCCAAAUGUGCAAGAGUUGGAUUUGUGUAAAUGAAGCCAUACCUCACAGUUAGGUUUUUGGUCAACCUUUGGGAUCUUAAUCCUGAAAUGAGUGGUAUUUUCAACAACAAAAACUUUUAUUCAUACUGUACAAUUACAAAUUAUUAUAGACUUUGUGUUUUAGAUUUCAAAAUAUUUUUAACAACGAUCGUUAACUUGAGGAAACAUAAACAGAGUCGCCAGUCCUUUCAACAACCAUUUAAAAAAUGUCUGCAUCUUAUUAUAAUGACCCCUAUUCUGUUAUCUGAGCAUCAUAUAGUUAUACAUUUUUGUGAGGUAACCUUUGUUCUAGGUUAGCGCAAAGAAAAAUAUUUGACAUGGUAAUAUUAUCAAAUCAAGUCAAAUCAAAUAUUAAUUAAUAUAAAAUUCCAGAGACUGUAAAGACUGGAAAUAAUGAUGGAAUGUUUUUGUUUUUCAAAGGAAUAGCUAAUUAGGUGUCAGAAAACUAAAUGGCAGACAGUAGGUGAAGUCUGCACCCUUGUCAAGUAGCCCUGUCAGCUGUAAUUCAUUCCAGUUUCUGCAGCAUUAAUCAACUAGUAUUACUACCCCCUCUGGGUGGCUGCUAUCCACCACAAAGUUCCCCAGCAUUUGAUCAGGCUUCUCAGACAAUUUGACAGUUGCCUUUUAUGCUCCCAGUUGGGGAGAGGCAGUGUGACAAUAAAGUGUCUUGCCAUGUCUGCACUCAGACCUCUGGAGCUAGAGUCCAGCACUUUAACUGUUGACACUUGGUGUCUCUACCAAAUAGCAGACAGUUACAAUAUUAUUUUUUAAAUAGAAUAAGAGAGAUGGCAAGCUCGGUAAAGAAAUAAAGAAAGAUGUUAUUUUGUCUUGUCACAAGCGUGAGACACAGAACAAAUUCUGAGUCCCCAUGAGGAAUUUAACCUCAGACCUUCAGAUUGUGGUUAUUAUUUUGUGGUUUUGAGGUUUGCUUACAAGUGUUGAGCUUAAUUUUGGUCAGCACACAGAAUCAAAUCAAAAUAUUUAUGGUUUUCUGAAUUUUACAAUAAUUACAUCAUUGUCAUGCUGUUAUGUUGUACAUAAUAAUUUCUGAGAAACUGUAAGUAAAUGAAUGAUAUUAUUGAUGUCAUCAGCAAAUGAUGGGUUAAGUUAAGUCUUUCUCGCAGAAAUGAUAUGAAAGAUAUUGUUCUAAUUAUUACUGAUAAAGUAUACCUGACGGAUUAUUGAAAAAACAAAAGGUAUGUUUGUUGACUUAUUGGUUGAGUAAAGUUUGUAAUGUGACACGUUUU